UGCUUUACGGCGAAGUGCAGACAUGGCGGAGGUUGAUUUUGGAGACAGUGAGCUGUUCGAGCAGCUUCAUGAUUCGACCCCGGCCAUUCCAAAGCAUAUUCGCUUCACGGACGAUGAUGAGGAGCAGGACGAGGCGAGUCAGCUGCGGCUCCGGCUGGAGGAGUGUGAAGAGCACAACCAGAGGCUCAACGAAGAGAAUCAGGUAUUGCGAAGGAAGCUUAACGUCCUCACGCGACCGAGCGGGAUUACAGUGGGAGACGUAAACAUCGACGGGCCGCUUCUGCAGGUCCUUUAUACAAACAACAGCAUAUCGAAGCAGUGCCGUCAAGAAAUCGAAGAUUGCAUCUGCGGUCUGAUUGUGAAGCACAGGAAACCAGGCCAUGGACAGAAGAAUUCCUCCUUUCGCGUGAAGCCCCAGCAUUCAGCUUUUGCUCUUGAAGAAUGUCCAGAGAAACAGUCCCACAGUAACGUGCAGACAACCACAGAAGCCUUCAAAGUGGUUGGAAGUGUGUUGUAUUUCACUACAUUCAGUGUUGACAAACUGGGGCAGCCUUUAUUGAAUGAAAACCCACAGCUGACUGAUGGGUGGGAUGUUCCAAUCUAUAACCAGGUUUUCAACCAAGUCAUUGGAACAGAUGGGCAGGAGGUAGAAAUGAAAGACAAACGACCCAAGUCUAUGUGCUUCAACUGUGGCUCCAGCAGCCACCAGAUGAGAGAUUGUCCCAAGCCCAAGGACAUGGCUGCCAUUAAUGAGCGGAGAAAGGAGUUUAAUCAGAGCAACCAGUCUGUGUCGGGUAACCAGCGAUACCACGCUGAUGAAGUGGAAGAGCGAUUUGCUAAAUACAAGCCUGGAGUGUUGAGUGAGGAGCUUCUGGCAGCACUGGGAAUUGAUGGGAACACCCUACCGCCUCUAAUUUAUCGAAUGAGGCAGCUUGGCUAUCCGCCAGGAUGGCUCAAAGAGGCAGAGAUGGAGAACUCGGGCUUAUCGCUCUAUGAUGGAAAUGCACCAAAUGAUGACAGCAGCAACUCACAAAACAUUACUUACGAUGUUUCCAAACUAGUGGAUUUCCCAGGCUUCAAUGUGCCCGCACCACACAAAAUGAAAGAUGAGUUCAUGCAUUAUGGCUCAAUUCCAAUGCAGAGCAGCCACCAGAAGCAAAACUACGCAGCCUACUUGUCCAACUUCCAAAUGCAGUCUGGCGCCAACAGUAAUAAGAGACGGCAAGAAUCUGACUCAUCUCCACAGCAGAGAAAGAAGAUUAAGUGCAGCCCUGACCAGACCUCUGACAUGGAUGUUGAAUCAGAUCCAGGCACACCUUACAACGACCGUCGUGGGGACUUCCAGUUCCAGCCACCUCUGCCCCCUGGCUCCCCAUGCUUCAGCACGCCUCCUCCGUUACCUCAGGGCACUCCUCCUGCUACACCCACUCCUCCACCUCUCCCUCGGGGCACACCUCCGCUCACGCCCAAAAACGGCUCUCCGGCCCCGCAGAGCGGCAACUGGACGGUGGUGGAUGAGACCACGGAGGAAACCGCGGACGACCUGUCGCUGGAGGAGCUGGAGGAGCAGCAGCGGCUGAUCUGGGCGGCUCUAGAAAACGCUGACACUGCCACAAACACUGACAGUGACACGCCGGCAGUGGGAACACCUGCGCCCAGUUCGUCGAGCGUCUCCACCCCCGCGCACGUGGACACAGAAUCGGAAGAGGCUGAAGAGGCAAUGGACACAGUCACACCCGCAGAGCCAUGUGACGGACAGGAGAUUCAAGAGGAGACGGAAAUUCAAGAGCCUUGUGACGGACAGGAGAUUCAAGAGGAGACGGAAAUUCAAGAGCCUUGUGACGGACAGGAGAUUCAAGAGGAGACGGAAAUUCAAGAGGUUUCCUCUCAAAGCGCCGAACCCGUUAAAGUUGAGGAGGACAGCCCUCAGAGUCCCGAGCCGGUCAAACCCCAAGAGGACAGCUCUCAGAAUCCUGCGCUCAUCAGAUCCCAUUAUGACACUCCGCAGAGUCCCGAUUCCAUCAAAAACGUGGAGGAUAGUCCGCAGAGCCCCGAUGCAGAUUCAGCCCAGCCAGGAGGUGAAGACGCCGAUCCUCCUGACGGUGAAGCGAAGGUCACAGCCGUCCCUCACCGCAGCAAGUUUGCGGCUGGCAUCGUUCCCUUUGAGGACACACCGGAGUUCACCGAAGUCGCUGAGGCUACGGGAACAUACCUUCGGAUCAGAGACUUACUGAAAAGCUCCCCUCGAAGUUUGUCAAGGAAAAAAUAAAGAUGCAUCCUUGUUUGUAACAUGAAACUUUUUCAG